AUGAGUACCAACUAUGAACCGCUCGAAAUAAUCGGCAAAGGAUCGUACGGGACAGUACGCAAGGUCCGCAGCAAGCUAGACAACUCAAUUCUUGUUCGUAAAGAGAUUGAAUAUAAAUCAAUGAAUGCUCAAGAAAGGAACCAAAUCAUAUCUGAACUACGUAUUCUCAAAGAACUAAAUCAUAAAAACAUUGUCAAAUACUACAAGCAUGAUCAUUUACUAGAUUCGAAAACGAUACACAUAUACAUGGAGUACUGCUCGGGUGGCGAUCUAUCUCAAUUGAUUAAAGAUUUCAAGAAUAAUAAGGAAAACGUACCGGAGGAGUUUAUAUGGCAGGUGUUGGUACAGACUUUGUCGGCAUUGUACCGAUGUCACUAUGGCUGUGAUGCGCCAAAAGUAGACUUGUUCAACAAUUCCAUACACAAUGACAAUGAAUUGCCUCAAAUCAAUUCAGAUUCAGUAAUAAUUCAUCGUGAUAUCAAACCUGACAAUAUCUUUCUUGAACAUGGAGUGAUCAAAGUGGGAGAUUUUGGACUAGCAAAGAUGUUGACAACUUCAAACGACUUUGCCAAGACGUACGUUGGAACACCCUACUACAUGUCUCCUGAGGUGUUGAUGGAUGAGCCAUACCUGCCAGUAUGUGAUGUCUGGUCUUUGGGCUGCGUCUUGUACGAAUUAUGUAACCAACAACCACCAUUCCAAGCAAAGACACAUUUACAACUUCAAGCCAAAAUUAAGCGCGGCACUUUUCCACCAAUAUCGGAUUUCUACUCCGUUCAAUUGAGAUCCAUUAUUAGAGAAUGCAUAACGGUUGAUCCUGAGCUCCGCCCCACAUGCUACGAUUUAAUCAACUCGUUGAGCAUAAAGUUUUUGCGGAAAGAAAUGGAGUUGAAGGAGUACAAUCAGACUUUGAAUACUUUGAAAUACGAAUUAAUCAACAAGAGUGAAGAAUUGAAAAAGAAAGAUCAGUUUAUACAAAUACGAGAAAACAGAUGCAAAGACAGAGAAAUGAAGCAGAGUGAACGCGAGAGCAAAAUAAAUGACAAGGAGGACCAAUUGCAUAAAAUUGAGGAUACCAUGAUUGAAGAAUUCAAUCUCAAAAAGCAAGCGCUAGAUUUAGAAGCAAAAGAAGUACGAUUAGCAUAUCAAAAGGAAUUUUGGACAGUGGUUGAGAAAGAAGUUAAUGAUAGAUUGAAAUCAAGACCAAGAGGACCACGAGACUUUGAGGAGAUGAAUAUUCUACGAACGAAGAAUUUAAACACAACUAAUGAAAUUCCAAAAUUCCGAGUUACUGAUGAAUACGAACGACAAAAAAAUAUGGAGAUACGUAGAUAUCGCAUAAAUUAA